UGACUGGGUCAGAGGAAUGUGAAAACCUUUGCAUCUUCUGAUAGUCUAGCCAAGGUCCAAGAAGUAGCAAGCUGGCUUUUGGAAAUGAAUCAGGAACUGCUCUCUGUGGGCAGCAAAAGACGACGAACUGGAGGCUCUCUGAGAGGUAACCCUUCCUCAAGCCAGGCAGAUGAGGAGCAGAUGAACCGCGUGGUGGAGGAGGGACAGCGGCAGCAGCUGAGACAACAGGAGGAGGAGCACCCUGCAAGGAAUGGUGAAGUCGCUGGCGCGGAACCUAGACCUGGGCGCCAGAGUGAUUCCCAGCAAGGACAACUGGAAGAAAACAAUAACCGGUUUAUUUCAGUAGAUGAGGACGCCUCGGGAAACCAAGAGGAACAAGAGGAAGACGAAGAACAUGCUGGUGAACAAGAUGAGGAGGAUGAAGAGGAAGAGGAAAUGGACCAGGAGAGUGAUGAUUUUGAUCAGUCUGAUGACAGCAGCAGAGAAGAUGAACAUACACAUAGUAACAGUGUCACAAACUCUAGUAGUGUCGCGGACCUGCCUAUUCACCACCUCUCCUCCCCGUUCUAUACAAAGACAACAAAAAUGAAAAGAAAGUUGGACCAUGGUUCUGAGGUCCGCUCUUUUUCUUUGGGAAAGAAACCAUGCAAAGUCUCAGAAUAUACAAGCACCGCUGGCCUCGUACCAUGUUCAGCAACACCGACAACUUUUGGAGACCUGAGAGCAGCCAAUGGCCAAGGGCAACAACGACGCCGAAUUACAUCUGUCCAACCACCUACAGGCCUCCAGGAGUGGCUGAAAAUGUUUCAGAGCUGGAGUGGACCAGAGAAAUUGCUUGCUUUAGAUGAACUUAUUGAUAGUUGUGAACCAACACAAGUAAAACAUAUGAUGCAAGUGAUAGAACCCCAGUUUCAGCGAGACUUCAUUUCCUUGCUCCCUAAAGAGCUGGCACUUUAUGUGCUUUCAUUCCUGGAACCCAAAGACCUGCUACAAGCGGCUCAGACGUGUCGCUACUGGAGAAUUUUGGCUGAAGACAACCUUCUCUGGAGAGAGAAAUGUAAAGAAGAGGGUAUUGAUGAACCGUUGCACAUCAAGAGAAGAAAAGUAAUAAAACCAGGUUUCAUACACAGUCCAUGGAAAAGUGCAUACAUCAGGCAGCACAGAAUUGAUACUAACUGGAGGCGAGGAGAACUCAAAUCUCCUAAGGUGCUGAAAGGACAUGAUGAUCAUGUGAUCACAUGCUUACAGUUCUGUGGUAACCGAAUAGUUAGUGGUUCUGAUGACAACACUUUAAAAGUUUGGUCAGCAGUCACGGGCAAAUGUCUGAGGACAUUAGUGGGACACACAGGUGGAGUAUGGUCAUCACAGAUGAGAGACAAUAUCAUUAUUAGUGGAUCUACAGAUCGGACUCUCAAAGUGUGGAAUGCGGAGACGGGAGAAUGUAUACACACCUUAUAUGGGCAUACUUCCACUGUACGUUGUAUGCAUCUCCAUGAAAAAAGAGUUGUUAGUGGUUCUCGAGAUGCCACCCUUAGGGUUUGGGAUAUUGAGACAGGCCAGUGUUUACAUGUUUUGAUGGGUCAUGUAGCAGCGGUCCGCUGUGUUCAAUAUGAUGGCAGAAGGGUUGUGAGUGGAGCGUAUGACUUUAUGGUGAAGGUGUGGGACCCAGAGACGGAGACCUGUCUGCACACAUUGCAGGGGCACACCAACAGGGUCUACUCGUUACAGUUUGAUGGCAUCCAUGUGGUGAGUGGAUCUCUUGAUACAUCAAUCCGAGUUUGGGAUGUGGAGACAGGGAAUUGCAUUCACACGUUAACAGGACACCAGUCGUUAACAAGCGGCAUGGAGCUCAAAGACAACAUUCUUGUCUCUGGGAAUGCAGAUUCUACAGUUAAAAUCUGGGAUAUCAAAACAGGACAGUGUUUACAAACAUUGCAAGGUCCCAAUAAGCAUCAGAGUGCUGUGACCUGUUUACAGUUCAACAAGAACUUUGUAAUUACCAGCUCAGAUGAUGGAACUGUAAAACUAUGGGACUUGAAAACGGGUGAAUUUAUUCGCAACCUAGUCACAUUGGAGAGUGGGGGGAGCGGGGGAGUCGUGUGGCGGAUCAGAGCCUCAAACACAAAGCUGGUGUGUGCAGUCGGGAGUCGCAACGGGACGGAGGAAACCAAGCUGCUGGUGCUGGACUUUGAUGUGGACAUGAAGUGAGGAGCAGGAAAGGUGGCAUCGUCCCAACGUGUAGACGACAUACUCCCUGCCCUUCCCCCUGCAAAAGAAAA